GGAAAAUGCCUCGAUAUGAUGAUCGUUAUGGAGGAACCCGCCUCUAUGUUGGUCGCCUUUCUUCCAGGACCCGUACUCGUGACUUGGAGCACAUCUUUAGUAGAUAUGGGAGGUUUGUGUUUUUGCCCAACCUGGAGGUUUGUGGUGGGAGGUUGCCCUUGGUGGAAUUGGUCGCUAUUCUUGCUCUGAGAGUGGCCAUUCUUUCUAUAAUGUUAAUGCGUGUUUUUUUGAUGGAAAUGGCAACAAUCCCAAAGUGGUGUUUAGUUCAUCUUUGAGUGGCGAAGUAUCAACCCUUGGUUGUUAUGACUUGAUGGCCUUAUUGUUUCUGGAACCAAUUUACGCAGAGUACGUGAUGUGGAUAUGAAGCGUGAUUAUGCUUUUGUGGAAUUUAGUGAUCCUCGAGAUGCAGAUGAUGCCAGGUAUAGCUUAAAUGGACGGGAUGUUGAUGGGAGCCGCAUUAUAGUGGAGGUUGCCAAGGGGGUACCUCGGGGACCUGGUGGAUCUCGUGAAUUUCUAGGCCGAGGUCCUCCUCCAGGAACAGGGCGUUGUUUCAAUUGUGGACUUGAUGGCCAUUGGGCUCGGGAUUGCAAGGCUGGAGACUGGAAGAACAAAUGCUAUCGUUGUGGGGAGCGAGGACAUAUAGAAAGGAAUUGUCCAAACAGUCCUAAGAAGCUCAGUGGGCGUGGACGCAGUUACUCUCGCUCACCAUCUCCCCGCCGUGGAAGGAACCGAAGCCGUAGUUACAGCAGGGGCCGUAGUUACAGCCGAUCCAGAUCACCUGUGAAUAGGGAGAGAAGUGUUGAGCGUGAGGAGAGAAGGUCCAGGAGCCCAAGGCCUAACAAGUCAUCUCCAUCUUCACCAAAGGAACGAAAGCGUAGCCCCACACCUGACGAAAGAAGCCCCCAAGAGAGAGGAACACCAUCCCCAAGGGACAACAGGCCAGUCAAUGGCGCUUCAGAGUAUGACAGGAGCCCCAAAGAGGAAACCGAAAGGGAUGACCCAAGAUACGAUGAUGAGAAGAACAUCAGUCCUCAGGAAGAAAACGAUCGCAGUCGCAGCAAUAGCCCUAUCCCUAGGGAUAAUGGAAGCCCCAUAGAUGACGAUGAGAAGAACGGUUCUCCAAGGGGCAGCAUGUCACCUUAAUUCACCCAGUUUUAUUUUCGUGUUGCAGAUAUGUAUAAGUUGAAGGUGUUUGAACCAAAAACAUUUUGUUCUUUCAGGACUGUUAAACAAAUUCAUCCUUCUUUUUUUUUUAUUGCAGGAAACAUGAAAUAAUUUGCUGUAAUUUGAAUUUGGAGUUACUUCGAGCAAUAACAUUAAUUUAGACCUGGUUUGCUUUAA